AUGGCAAUCUUCCUGGCCAAAGAGAACGACGAGCUGCAGGCCAAGCUCAAGGUCCUAAUCGAGGACAACAAUAAACUGAUCGAACUGUAUGAAAGUGCAGUCUCGGGAAAUCGUAUUCAGGCAGAUAGCAACGUUUGCCUAAAUAAUGUAGCUGAGGAGAAGGAACUCGAGAUGAAAGGAGAUCUUGAGAGGUUAAAUUGUCAACUCACUGAAAUGCAUGAAGAAAAUGAUAGGUUGAUGAGUUUGUACGAGAAGGCCAUGCAAGAGAGGGACGAGCUGAAAAAGAUUAUUGAUUGUAGUCAACAAAAGCUUGUUGAAGUUGAUGGAGACGAACGUUUCAGGUUUGACUGUGCUUCUACUUGCUCAGACAAAGAACGUGACAGGGAGGAAUUGGAUGGCACUGUACCGCAUGUACAGGAUGGAAAAGUUAACCCUGAUUUAGAAGACGGAACUUGUUUGCAUGAAGUACAUGUUGGGGAUGAUUACAGCCAGUGUUUGAUUGAUUCCCAAAUGAGAACAGUGGAUGAGGACGAGUUAAAAGAAAUAAACAAAUGGGAGGAAAUUCGUGCAAGCACAAUGGAUUUGCCAAAAGAAAUGGAUUGUAUAAGAAAGAAGAUUGCUGAAGCACAUGAAAAGCUUUCGUGCUCUGCACAAACAUUAACCGUGUUUGGCUCGCUCGAGCAAGCAUUAGUGGAGGUUGAUACACUUUCAGAAAGAAUCAGCAAACUGGAGAAAAGUAUCUGGGCGAAAAAGCAGGAUCACGAAAAUCUGAAAUCUCUCUCGUCUGAGCUUCAGAAAAGAAAAGACGUGGCUGGCAAGAAACUAUCAGCUCUAAAGUACUCUCUGUCGAACUUUUCUUCUUCGAUUACUUAUUUUGAGCAGCGUGAGGCUCUAGCGAAGUCUAGAUUAGUUUCUUCCUCAGAAAACUUGUCCCGUAAAAAGGAGGAGCUCAACAGUCUUGAGCUGUCCAGACAUGAAGUGACGGAUGCUCUCUCGAAAAAUAAAGAAACUGAAGCCGAAUUGAGAAAACUUUCAGACAGCUUGAAGUUGAAAGUGGAGGAUGAACACAGGAAACUGGAAAACGAGAGGGUCCUCUUUGCCAUAGACAACGUUGAGAACAAGAACUGGCAGUCAAGUGGGAAAGCCACCGCUCUAUUGAAAUCCGAGGAGGAGAAAACAAAGCUACAAAACGAGAUAAAGCUGAACAGAGAAAAACUUGGCGUUGUGAAGAAAGAAGCCGAGGUCUUGACCAAGAAUCUUGGAAAAAUAGAAAGCGAGAGAAAAGUUCUUGAAGCUGAAAUUCAGAAAGAGUCUGCACUUGUCGAGGAACUGAGUCAGAAACUUGAAAAUAUUAUUAAGGAGAAAGAAAUGAUUCUGGAGGUUCGAGAGAAUGGGAAAAAUGAAUAUGACACGAUGAUCGUAGAUUACUAUGAGAGGCUGUUCGAAAUGGAGUUGAAUGAGGAGGAACUGAAAAUCAUGCAUGAGGAAGUUUUGGUGGGGCUGAUGGAAAUGGAAGACUUACAGGCAGCGAGAGGCAAAGCUGUGGAGCGAAAGACAGAGUUGCUUGAGACACUGUCAUUAGGGGAGACAAGCUUUGUGUCGGAGAAGGUUGAGGCGGAUGUUCGUAGUGUACGGACAUCGGUUUUGGAGCUGAACUCCUUGCUCGAACAAUGUGGUUUAGUGGGGUCACAAAUCUGUGCAUGA